AACUGAAAUAUUUGAAAUCUUUGUCUUGAAUAAUGGAGCUAGUAAAUCAGCAAAAGUUUGCAGAUGACAGUAUGAUAUCACAUCAUCCGAAAGUGGUGUCAUCUGAUGCGUCGUCUUGUCAAGACAAAUCAGAGCUUAAUGCCACAUCAAAUUACCAGACAAGGUGCAAUAUACAUGAAAUGAAGAAUGAAAAUGCACUGCAUCAGAACAGUGUUUGCUUAGCAGAAAAUCAAGCAGAUAUGGUACAAUAUAAACAUGUUUCCAACCAGAAAGAUGUUGAAACUGCUGUUACCUUAGUUCUUGAUGAAUUGUUGGAGAAGAUAACACACAAAUCUACAGAUAAUGAUAUGAUACCUAAUAUGAUUAUAGAUGACAUCCUAACCAAUAGCAUAACACAAAUUCCAUUCAAAACACAGGAUAAAACCACAAAUGUCCAAGAACAAGAUGAGCUGGAAAAUAGGAUUUCAAAUAAUUCAAGCAUAUUUGAGCAAAUUCUAUUUGAAAGGAAGGAUGAAAACUCAAACAAGCAAGAACCAGAUGAGGAGAUGAAUGUUGUGAACGAAUCUAACAAAGAAAAAAUUCUUGUUGAGAAAGACAAAAAAAACUCAAAUAUACUUGAACAGGAUAAGAUGGAACUCAAUAAUCUGAAUGAAUCAAUUGUUUCAGAUGUAAACAACUCCACACAAAGUUUUGAAUCCAACAAUCUAAAUGAGUCAAUUCGAUCAGAGGAAAUUCCUUCUGAAAGAGACGAUAGAAACACAAAUGUACCAGAUAAAAUGGAAAUCUGUGAUCUAAAUGAAUCGAUUAGUUCAGCUAUAGACAGUUCCACAUCUAGCUCUGAAGCACAAAUGCGUACUGAAAAAGAUGGAAAAUGUAAUGAGGACUACACUAUAUCGAAAAGAUCCUCCAUAAAAAAGCAGAAGUCCCCAGAACGUAUUACCAUCCAGGAAAUACCUGACCAACACUUGACAAAUAAAACCUUGCUAUUUUCUCAAGUAAAGAGAUUGAGGCGAGGCAUAACAGAAAAACGAGAGAUUUUGCGUAAACUUAGACUCGCUAGGCUGUAUAAAACGAAAGAGAAUGCAGAGCUGGAUGAACUGACACAAAAAUGGACAAGUGCAUCACAGAAAAUCAUACUAGAACUCGUCAAUUAUAUAGAACAAACGCCUAAACCCACAAUUGGUGCUUUGUUGCAAUAUUAUAAUAUCGAUGAGAAACAAAUUCAAUAUGACAAGGUGAAAGAUGCUUUUUACUCAGUAGAUGAUGAUCGCAGCUGUUCAUUUUAGUAGAAGCUUCGAUCCAUUGUGGGAAUAAAUGUUGGGGGCUCUUGUGCUUGAAUUAUAUUUAUAGUGAAUACUGUGCAACCAUGACUUCCCACUAUGUUCUCAUUAAGCCCUUCUUCGUUUCGUGAUUUUACUGUACUUUUUUUCCACUGCGAGGCACCUUCGCACUCAUAAUUUCCUUAGUGAUUUUACUGUACUUUUUUUUCCACUGCGAGACACCUUCGCACACAUAAUUUCCUUGGAGUUUCCUUGGAGUCCUCGUUUUUCUCCCCAUGAUUUUACUGUAUUAUCAGUCACUAUCGUUUCACUUCACCCAUUGCCCCUUUAUCAAUCUUACUCCUUCUUACUUGUUUUUUUGUUUAAAUUUUAUUGAAAUAUGGAAAAUAUUAUACAAGACAAAAAC